CGUAGAUUCUUGCUUUCGUUUUAACACAUGUAAGUCAAAUAAUGCAUCAAGAUAAACUAAUUGAAAUUUGAAACGCACAAAAGCUUCCUCCUUCCCUCCAUAAUCCCAAUCUGUGUAGCCAUGUGCGAUGCAUUCGUCUCACCACCAUCUCUGCUAAUCCUCAGAAAGCUUCGAAUUUCAAGCUCCCCAUAUGGCUCUACUAGUUCAAUCAAACCCUCAGUUAGAUCCAAGUACCGAAGCGUUCAUGCCUCCCUCAAUCAAAGUCAUUCAAACAGAUGGUCUCUUCAAGGGAUGACAGCACUUGUUACUGGUGGUACCAGGGGAAUUGGGCAUGCGAUUGUGGAGGAAUUGGCUGAGCAUGGGGCAACUGUACACACCUGUGCUCGAAAUGAAUCUGAACUAAAUAGCUGUUUGAAGGGUUGGGUGGAUAAGGGUUUUGAGAUCACUGGUUCAGUCUGUGAUGUAUCUUUACAACAUGAUCGUGAAAAGUUAAUGAAAGAUGUUUCCUGCUUGUUUGAUGGAAAGCUUUAUAUACUUGUAAACAAUGUGGGGACAAACAUUAGGAAGCCAAUGGUGGAGUUAACAUCUAAAGAAUUUACCACACUAAUGUCAACAAAUUUUGAAUCGGUUUUUCACAUCUGCCAACUUGCAUACCCAUUGCUCAAAGCAUCAAAAACAGGGAGCGUUGUGUUCACUUCAUCCGUAUCAGCUUUUGUCUCACUCAAGUCCAUGACUCUACAAGGAGCCACAAAAGGAGCGAUUAAUCAGCUUACAAGAAACUUGGCUUGUGAGUGGGCAAAAGAUGGUAUCAGAAGCAAUGCUGUAGCCCCUUGGUAUAUCAAAACAUCCAUGGUAGAACAAGUACUAAGUAAGAAAGAGUAUGUUGAAGAGGUGGUUGAUUGCACACCACUUGGGAGAUUAGGGGAUCCAAAUGAGGUCUCAUCACUCGUUGCAUUUCUUUGUAUGCCCGCUUCAUCUUAUAUCACUGGCCAAAUUAUAUGUGUUGAUGGUGGCAUGUCUGUAAACGGUUUCUACCCAAAGCAUGCCUAGCUUUUCUUCCUAAUCGUGUUUUACUGUGUGCUAUCAAUUUGCUAA